AUGAUCGUAAAGAUAUCCUUGAAAGAUAUAAGUGAUUUUUUAUCCAUCAUUAAUAAUUUUACCGACACCAUGAUCGGAUCAGAUCCAGAAAGACCAACAUCUAGCAAGGAGAGUAAGGCUGGAGAUUCAAAAAUCCUCAGUAAUACAAAGAGCCUCCAUAUUUCUUUAACUAAUGAUCUUAAGAUGAAGAAGACACAGGUCUUAAAAGCCAUAAGAACUGUGGAGAUUGACUCCAUCAGACGAAACGAGAUUGAUAAUAUACAAGACGAUAUUAAGAAAACUCACCUACCUACAGAAGAUGUCAAAACCUCCUUAAUAGCCAACCUUGUGAAUAAGGAAAAGUGGGAUGUUACCAAGGCCAUGAACUUUUUGGAUCUAUCAAUGGCAUGACUAAGCUCUACUCCUUACCAACCAAAUAAUUUUGAGAAAGUUCUUAAGUUCCCAAGUCAUGAGUCUGAAAAUGAACUGCUCCAUUACCUCAGCAUGGCACAAGAAAGCAUCAAAGUGUGAAUGUACACAUUUACUAAAAGAGAGCUCAUGAACUGCUUAAUAGAAGCAAAGAAGAGAGGAAUCAGGGUUCAAGUCAUUAUGGAUAAAGAGUCGCUUAGCACUCUCUAUAUCCAUGAAUUAUGAGCACUAGGCGUUGAGUGAACCCAUCAUAAUCUCUCUAACUCUGCUAAAAUGCAUCACAAGUUCGCUAUUGUGGACGAUUUGAUCCUCAUAAAUGGUUCUCUCAACUGGACUGCCAGAGGUGUAAAACAGAACCACGAAAACGUGAUGGUAUCAAGCAAUUCAGCCAGAAAAGUCCAGAAGGAAAUGGAAAUAAGAGAGAACAAAAGGAUCCAGAAAGAAAAAGAAAGGCGGUAUAAUAAAUACACAAAGCAAGUAAGCAAAUUGUUCGAUUCUUUCAAAAAUGCAAGGGAACAGUGAUACAAGGGGGGCGAUAUCACAAUGGAAGACCAAAAAAUAUCAGUUGAGAUUGAGAAGAACUUUUGGAACCUCUUCAGGAUUGCGAGUUCUAAAUAGCACAAGUUUUAAGCUACCCUUAAAAGAAAUCAUAAAAAAUCCACAAUACCAGCCCCCCUCUCUUCCAGACCCAAAGGAGGAGAAAACCAGGGCUAAGACUCCUAAAGAUAAUUGUUGUAAUUUAUUCAAAUAAUG